CAUUGGUUGUGUCAUUGGAUGGCUGCACACAGGGGCCAUUUUAUUGACGCCAAAUAACGUUGCUGAUAUGUAAUUUGAUCUCCAGAAAAAUGGCGCCUGGUUACACUUGACACUGAGACGUACGGGGGCAUUUUACAGACGCUGCAAAUGUUGGUUAUAAAACCUCAAGUGUUACGGUUAAUAGACGAGUCGGCCAUGAUGGUCUCGGGCAGAAAGGAGGUGACUCCGAGGCUUUUCCUGACGCCUGGAGCGGCUUCUCUGACAUGGCGGAAUCUACCGCGACGGCGAUGGGGGGAGGAGCCACGUCCAGUACUGUGACCACCGAGAACGAUGCACAGCCGGAGCCGCGUUCACUCACCAUAAAACUGAGGAAGAGGAAACCAGAUAAGAAGGUGGAGUGGACGUGUGACACAGUGGACAACGAGCACCUGGGACGACGCUCCUCAAAAUGCUGCUGCAUCUACGAAAAACCAAGGGCAUUUGGCGAAAGCUCAACUGAGAGCGAAGACGAUGAUGACUGCUGUGAGAGUGCUCACUGUGUCCGAGGCCACAAAAAGAGGACGCCUGGGGGCCAAGAGACACCUCCACCGAGCCACGACAGUGCUGGCAGCAUGCAGCACUGAGACAUCGGGGAAAGAGUGACUGAGUGCAUCCUAAACAUUGCUGUUCCCUGUGACCGCUGCUGCCUCAUGUAUUGUGACAGUCACAAGGGCAGAGAGCGGAUUCUGUAUUGGGGGGGGGGGGGGGGUUUAUCAUUCCCUUUGCCAGCACAGAGUGGAAACUGGGAGCUUGUGCAACAGAUUUGUGCAAUUAUUUCCACUCUGCGCUUGUGCAAGGAAUGAUAGAUUACCCCUUUAGUGUCUUUGUAUAGUGAUGCAGCUGCUGAGUCCAGGGCAUCAGUGUAGAGCUUGGCGUGGAGGGGACAUCAUGGAACAGGUUGGCAGCCAUUCUCACAUAUGUACUCUGUCAUUCUCGCCCCUGCUGGCCUCAUUGAAUGUACAUGCAUGGCACCUCCCCUCUGCUGAUACUCGGUGGUUCCCACAAUCGCUUAAGUAUAACAUAAUAUAUCCUACUGAAUGUAUUUAUUGAAUCUCCUUCGAUCAGCCUUAUCUAAAUUCUUCUACGAGAAACACAAAGAAAUGUAAAUGACUAAUUUAUUGCAAUAUGAGGAAAGCGUCACAAAAGGGCAUUUACCCCUUAAGUCUUUCAUGUUCUGUCAAAAUGCUAUUCACCCUAAUAGUGUUUAUAACUGUCUUAAGGAAAGGUCGAUGGCAACCAGAAUGGCCACUAUAUUCGCUCCUCUAGAUGUUAUCACCUGCUUUCCAAAACUCUUCAGCCAUAGACAGUUAUGCAGCCAAAUGUAUAUACAGUAAGUUAGUUUGCUCUUCUGGAGUCUGGGAAAGGUGGGUUUUUGGAUUUUAAAGUGGCAGUUGGUAGUGUACAUAGACGUCACACUCCCAUGCUCCCCAGAGUGACCAUGUAAUGCUAUGUUUCUCCUGCAGAGGCCCCUGUAGGACCUGCAUGUGCCCUUCUGCAGCGGAUUGUAAGGAGAUCACUAGCAGGACUUGGUUUUAAGGGAGAGUUACCCAUUAAUGUUGCUUUUUGGCCGCAUUUCACAUUUCAAUAAACUGCAAUUCAUCCAGAGACAGCGGAUAUGUCUGAAUGGAAUUGUUGAGAGAAGACAACCUAAGGACUUUUAUGUUUAUAUUUAUUUGGAGAGGGAAAUGCCCUAAAAAAAAUAAAAUCACAAGGAUUUGUUCCAAGACCCAGUGUAGUCCACCAGAUCCCAGCCAUUCACUGGAUACAGCUAUGUGACUAUGGGUGGUUACACCAUAGGCUUUGGGCACACGGUGGAAUAUUUGGGGAAUGCCUGUCUGAAAAACAUAGUGGGUGUGGGCAGAACAUACUGGUGCUAGGAUCUCCUUAGACUGCAGUUCAUAUGGAGCGGAUUCUGACAAAAUAAUUGACCAUUCCAUUCUUUUUGCGGAGGCUGGAAUCAGGAUCUCCACGGCAAAUGUUUUCCCUGUAAAAUAGUUUUGCAUUGUUUACAGUACAGCAGCAUCCCAUUCCACUCCAACUUCCAUCGUGUCGGGUGGGGAUGGCUGAUCUCUGGUGCCGUCUGACUUUCACUGCCCUGUUUCCUUCAUUUCUUCUAUGUACAUAUCCGCACGGUUGGGUUUCUUGAGAUGCACACAGCUAUGAAGUUGGGCUUCAGUGACCAUGGUGACCCUGUUAGCACAGGUCCUCUAAUAUUAUUGCUUUAUUUUCUCUUUAUAGAAAUCUGUAUAUUGUGUUUAUUUUUUCUUCUCUUCUUGGAAUUAAAUGGUAUUUGUUUGGUA